AUGCUAAAGUCGCAAGUAAGAGCCGCAACAACAAUACAAGCAACGCAACCAGACUCAAAUCUAAACAAGUCCAAAAACAAUGUGGCGCAUGAACAACUACAAGCUAUCUUUAGAGAACAACAAGCAUACUAUCUUGAUCAGGGUUUUCACAUAUUAGCGACUGAUGCCUCCGUGAGUGAAAAUAUAGUUGGUUGUGCUGUAUACGACAAAGCAAAUAACGUCUCCUACUUAUACAACAUACCCUUUUACCGGUCGACGACGUUUGGGGAAUUAGUAGGACUGUUACAGGCGGUCAAACUUGCUAAAAAAUAUAAGUGGAAUAAACCAUGCAUUUUUACAGACAGCUUGGCCGCUGUAAAACUGUUAAAACGACCGUUAACCCAGAACCAUAUAGUGGCCGAAAUCCACAAUCAAAUUGCCAAUUCACAAGUAGAAACUGCAGUCAUCAUGUGGGUACCCAGCCACGUAGGCGUAGCAUGUAAUGAAAAAGCUGACACUGCAGCUAAAACUGCAGUGAAUCACGGCCAGACGCUUUCGAUUGACUUAACGCCACAAGAGGCACUUAUACAAAUCAAUACUCUACUAUGGACAGAGACUAAGGACAAGAUAAAGGAAAAAUGUGUAGACUGGGACCAUAAUAUCAUCAAUAGUUUUGCGAUGAAGGAAAGACGACCUUGGUUUAAGGACAAGAGAUUUGACUUAGAGCCUUAUGACAUGAAGCUCCUCAACAGACUAAUUACCGGACACACAUACAACAGCAUCUAUUUACAACAAUUUGUACCAAAUGUUAGUGAAUACUGCAACACUUGCAAUACGCUGGAAACUCCUGAUCAUCAAAUCUUCCACUGUGAUAAGUACAACGCUAUGAGAACGAAGUUUAAACUCUUUGACACGUACAAGACCAUAAAUGAAAUUAUCACCACUAAAAAACCUGAGCUUUUUAAAGAGCUAAUAAACUUUUUGCGAGAAACCAAACUAGAUGGAGCACUCUAGGCCAUAGCACACCAACACCUCCACCCAUAUUCGGCACAGCAAGGAGCAUCAAAGGGAGAACCUCUGAGAUAGCGGGAGACUUCAAGAAUCAACGGAUUACCUCAAUACUCUUGUAUAACCUGGCAUAUACAUUACAGUAUUACUGCCAACAAUCUUGGACUACAGGGUCCAUAAAGCC